AUGGCGCCCCAAACACAAGCGCAGGUGGAUGAGGUGGUGGACAUCAUGCGGGUGAACGUGGACAAGGUGCUCGAGCGAGAUCAGAAGCUUUCGGAGCUGGACGACCGCGCAGACGCCCUGCAGGCCGGAGCAUCCCAGUUCGAAACCAGUGCCGCCAAGCUCAAACGCAAGUACUGGUGGAAGAAUCUAAAGAUGAUGAUAAUCCUGGGGGUGAUAUGCACCGUUAUCUUGAUCAUUAUCAUCGUUUACUUCAGCACCUAAUGGAAUCUACGGAGCCAUUUCCCAUCCAGGAGCAGCGGCCGGGAGAGGCGCGAGGGGGCGACGCAUCCCCCCCUCCUCUAGAUCUCAGCCAUAUCUUCCAGCCCCGUCCGCCCGCCCCC